AUGUUUUGUAUGGAAUGUGGUUCGAAGCUUGACGCAAAGUCAAAAUUUUGUGCUAAUUGUGGUACAAAAUGUACCAAGGUACCUUUGGCCUCUGAAGAAACAGAUCCUGGUACUGAAGUUCUCGCAUGUGAUGUUGAGGAAACUUUGUCCCAAGGUGCAAAAGAAAGCUUAGCAAAACUGAAGGAGAAGUAUGGUUUUGGGCAUGUUGGAAGAAAAUCGAAACUGGGGUCCAAAAAGAGAAAUUGUGAAAUAAAAGAAUUGUUAAUCCAUGUUAUGGAUAAAAACAAGAAAGCUCUUAAAAGAGCUUUUCCCUGUGAAGAGGGUUUGACGGGAUGUGUGAAGAUCUCGACCAGUCCUGGGCACACUACUCGGGACUGGAUGACAUCCCUGAGAGAACAUUUUAAAGGGAGUAUAGAGUUUGUUCCCUAUGUGAUGGGGAGAAGUGGAUUACAACGAAUGAAUGAGGAUGCUACGUUAUUGGAACUUGAGAGUAUGAAGGUACCAAAGAAACCUUUGAAGGUGUAUGCCAUGGCCAAGGGAAAAGGUGUGAUAUACCUUGAAGAUGACAGUAGUAAUUUUUUUGAUGAUGACCAUGAUGACUUGGAGUUACCGAGUUUAAAGGUAUCCAAAUCUCUGCAGUCCUGUAGAACUGAGACAGAAGAAAUGAAGGAAUGUAGAGAUGAUGCAAAUAUGCCGGGACCAUCAGGUUUUGGAAAGAAAAGCGGAAAAAGUGUUGAACAGAGUGCAAAGAUGACUACAGCUACCAGUACCAUGGAUGUUACUUCUAAUGUCAAUUUACCAAUGUGUCCAUUAAAGAGUUCCUCUGAGAGAGAUGAUGUGCAGACAUCUCGCAUGAUCAAACGCCCUUUGGAGGAAGACACAGAUGUGCCAGUCAAGUCACCAAAAACAGACAAAUCAAAGACCUGUAAUGAAGAUGAAUCAUUGAGGAUUUCUGAUGAUUUUGAGCUUCCUGACAUUGAGGUAUACCCAACACCUUCAGAAAUUACAGAUGCCAAGGCUAACUCUAUCAUAGACCUGGAGGUAAAAGAGUUCUUUGAUCUCAUGGAAAUGAAGAUAAAGAGAAGAAAGAUGGCAGAAGACACUGUCAUAGCAUUUCCCGAUAAGGAGCGAAAAGUUAUAACAAUAAUAUACGAAGACCAUGGGGGGAUGUCCUUUACAAGACCAUUCUGUAAAGAUGACACUCUGCAGAGUAUUUUCACAUACGUUUGUAAAGAAGUGGAGGCUGAAAUUCUGCCUCCAGUAUUUCAUCUGGAAUGCAUGGCGCCAUUAAAAUGCCCUACUGCAAACACUGUUGGGAGCUAGACGCUAGCCACAGUUUACCAAUUUCAUCACUUCCAGAUGCACUGAUUAUAAAGGAAGGGAACUUCGUAAUGGAUGACACCAUUACAAACUAUGGGAAUGUAUUACUUUGAAGUUACGAAUGCUCAUUGUCAUCCACUGUCUGUUGUUUUAUUCAAUUGACACCUUAUACUCCACUCAUCAUGCAGAUGGGUCAUAUUCUGUAGAUACAUUAAUGUUUGCAUUUUACUACAUGCAAUGAACUAUUGAACUGAUUGAACAAAAAAUAUUGACAUUUACAUGUAUUGUAUGACUAGCAAGAUUUGAAUUUACAUGUAUAUCUAUGUAUUCUUUUGUUCAUCAUUAAAUGCAUAUUGUUCCAAUUGCAUAUUUUAAUUAUACCAAUUAUCAAUUAAUACAGUAUGAUGUACAUUAAAAGAGUUGUACAUGUAUGUAAAAUGCAAUGCAAGUCAUUGAUAAAAUUUCUUCUUGCUAUUGCUCAUAGAGUGGAUUAUUUUUUCAAGGAAAAAAACAUUGUUCAUGGGUAUUUGAUUUUGGGUUUGACGAAAUGUUAUAAAGCAGUUAUGUAUAUUAAAUUUUACAUUUCAUGGUGGACAUGAAUUCAUGGAUUCCUAAGUCAUACCUCAAAAACAAUGAUAAUUAACCCACACACACCACACACACACACAAAUUGGUGAUUUCACAGUAGUUUAGUAAGUUCAAGGAAAUUUCUACGUAUAUCAUAGAAAUUAUAAUAUUUUGAUUAUCUAACCCAGUCUUCCUUUCUCCAAAUCCAUUUUUUACAUUAAAUAAUACACGUUAAACAAUAUUCAAUCAAUCACAGACAUGA